CGUGAGGAAUGAUGUGGUUAAUUACUAUGCGUUGUCCUUCAAUCUCUUAAUACCCAGCGAGACCAACAAUCUUCACUUCAGCUGGCAUGCUAAAUCCAAGGUUGAGUAUAAACUGGGAUUUCAGGUAGAUAAUCCUAUGGCUAUGGCUAUGCCCCAGGCCAACAUUUCUCUACAAGGAGAAGUUCCUCGCACCCUUUCAGUGUUUCGUGUCGAACUCUCCUGCACUGGCAGAUUUGACUCUGAGGUCACAAUACUAAUGCAGCUCAACUUGACAAUAAAUUCAUCAAAAAACAUCACAGUUUUAAAUUUCAAACGAAGGAAAAUGUGCUACAGAAAGCUUGAACCAGAAAUAAAAUCUCCAAUGUCUGAUAAAAACAGCAGCAAGGCUAUCUUUGAUCCUGUAAAUGCAGCUCCCACCACUUCAACCCGUGUGUUUUAUAUCAGUGUAGGCGUGUGCUGUGCUGUUAUAUUCCUGGUGGCAAUAAUAUUAGCUGUCUUGCACCUCCACAGCAUGAAAAGGAUAGAGUUGGAUGACAGCAUUAGUGACAGCAGUAGCUCACAAGGCUUAUCCCAACCUUCCACACAGACAACACAGUACUUACGAGCUGACACGCCAAACAAUGCAACGCCAGUAACCAGCUCCUCAGGUUAUCCUACAUUACGGAUAGAGAAGAAUGAUCUUAAAAGUGUCACUCUAAUGGAAGCAAGAGCUAAGGUGAAGGACAUAGCCAUCUCCAGGGAGAGGAUAACUCUAAAAGAUGUGCUCCAAGAAGGCACAUUUGGGCGCAUUUUCCAUGGGAUUCUAAUAGAAGAAAAAGACCCCAGUAAAGAGAAACAAGUUUUUGUCAAAACUGUUAAAGAUCAAGCCUCAGAGGUACAGGUGACAAUGAUGCUGACUGAAAGCUGUAAACUCAGAGGACUUCAUCACAGGAAUCUGCUACCUAUCACUCAUGUCUGUAUAGAAGAGGGAGAGAAACCAAUGGUGCUGCUGCCAUACAUGAACUGGGGGAACCUUAAACUAUUCUUGCGACAGUGCAAGCUGGUAGAGGCCAACAAUCCUCAGGCAAUUUCCCAGCAGGAUCUUGUACAUAUGGCUAUUCAGAUUGCCUGUGGAAUGAGUUAUUUGGCCAGACGGGAGGUCAUUCACAAAGACCUGGCUGCUAGAAACUGUGUCAUUGACGACGCACUUCAGGUUAAGAUUACAGACAAUGCGCUAUCUCGAGACCUAUUUCCUAUGGACUACCAUUGCCUGGGAGAUAAUGAAAACAGACCAGUUCGAUGGAUGGCUCUUGAAAGCCUGGUUAACAAUGAAUUUUCCAGUGCUAGUGAUGUGUGGGCCUUUGGAGUAACACUGUGGGAGCUGAUGACUUUAGGACAGACUCCGUAUGUUGAUAUUGACCCCUUUGAGAUGGCUGCUUAUUUAAAGGAUGGCUAUCGAAUAGCUCAGCCAAUCAACUGCCCUGAUGAACUGUUUGCUGUGAUGGCUUGCUGUUGGGCCCUAGAUCCUGAAGAAAGACCCAAGUUUCAGCAGCUGGUGCAAUGUCUAACUGAAUUUCAUGCAGCGUUGGGAGCCUACGUCUGAAACUGCAGAAGAAGAUUGAAUUCACUGAUUGGGAGAAGGCAUGGCAUACAUCUGCAGCUCCAUGCAUCACUUGGACUCACACACGUGAUGUGUAUAAAGCAACACCAAAGGGAGAAAGCACUUCUUCCAAAACACUGUGCCUUAGAAUGCUUUAGUAGUCUGAAAUUUUUUGUAAGACCUCUUGAUGUUGAAUAUUUUCUAGAUAUCACUUUUGCUAAGUUAAAUUGAGACCUUUUUAUUUGCCAUCAGGAUUUUUAAAGUGUAGUGAUAGUGAACUUAAACAUGAGAUUUGGAUGGACUUUGCACUCUUACAACAGACGUGAUUUUUUUGAAGGGUAUAUGGAACUGGUAGAAAAGUGAGGAUAGGGGAAACUAAUGCA